AUGUUAUCCCUCACCUCAUUGAUACUAUGGACUACUUGCAUGGCUAGUCCAAUUGUAUUUUCUCAUGAAGUCACUCAUUAUGGGUCUCUGAUCAAAAAUAUUUAUGAUAAAUAUGGACGUACUGGAGUAAUUAUAGCAUCCGCGACGAGCCAUCUUUCGUUUGAAAAGACUUCAACCUGGCAUGAGCUAACAGGGAUGUUAUCUAAUGAAGGGAUAUCAGCACUUAUCAUUGACUUCCGGCAAUUUGAAAACCGACUGAAGGUCUACAUCGAAAAGACUUAUCCUCCGCUCAUUGUGAUUGAUCUCGAUACAGUCGAAGCUUUGCACAGCUUCGAAAUCAUCACCAAGAAUGCAGACAUGAGCUAUUCCGUUUGGCUGAUAUUUUUCAGUGGAGACGUUGAUCACGAUGUGUGUAAAUAUUGCCGCGAGCCGCACGGGAAUUUAUUCAAUCUGAAUUUCGGCUCAAAAGCUCUCAUUUCAUGCUGCGCCUCGAAGAUGAUUGAAGAGUGGUGGUCUACCCAGAAAAACCACACCAAGAGGCAGAAUGUUGCUCGAUUGACAAAUGAAAAUCCCGGAAUUGUUUGGUUCUCUCAAAAAUUAAUUUCUGACGGCAGGCAGUCAAUGGACGGCCAAAUAUUGCGCGUUACCGCACUUGCGGAUCUGCAGAUCAAAAACAAGAGAAAUAAAGAUCUUUAUGGAGACGCAGGAAAAUUUCUCGCGGCAUUGUCUACAGUCAUGAAUUUUACUGUGCCGAACAUUAUCUGGGAGAAAACAUAUGGGGCUUGGAACCGAGAAACUUCAAAGUGGACAGGAAUCCUGGGAAGAAUCCAUCGACAAGAAGCAGAUUUGUCUAUCAAUUCUAUCGUUAUGACCAGCGAACGAUCCAAUAUCAUUCGUUUCACUACUCCCAUUAUGUCUGGAGUUUAUCAACUGCACUUUAGAAAACUUGAUUCGGCUCGGUUCACGUGGGAUGCUUAUUUUAAGGUGUUCGCUGCGGAUGUGUGGAUAGUCAUCAUUGGGUUAAUUUUGACGGCGCCUAUUGUUCUAACUCUUAUCGAAUGGAAUGCAAGAAAAUCCCAUUUUCUUCCUCUUCUCGCGAAGCACUAUUCAUUUGUUUGGGGUAUUUACUGUCAACAAGGGUUGUCAGACUUCCCCGAUGAAACACCUUUGAGAAUUAUCUAUAUAUCGCUGAUGAUGUCGGCGCUGGUCGUCUCAGCCACAUACGGUGCAUCAUUCAUGAGCAUUCUUGCUGUAUCUUCAUCAUUUUCACCAUUUUCUUCGAUGGAAGAAUUCGCGGGAGAUGGACGUUACAAAUUUAUAGUGCCGAGAAAUUCCUCAUCUUAUUACGAAUUCAAGAAUUCUAACCUGACACUUAUGAAGAAAAUGAUGUCGCUCAUGAAACCAGUAAACUCGCUCCCCCAAACCUUCGUGGAAGGAUUUCAGCAGGUGUGCAAAGAUAGAGUUGCUCUGUAUACACAUGAAUUUAGGAAGCGCCUUCUAAGCAAUCUGAUACCUUGCGAAAUUACUUCCAUAAAUACUGGAAAAAUGGAAACCGUAGCAAUGAUCGUGCCGCGGAACAGCCCAUACAUAGAGCCUAUUAAUCAUUUUAUUCAGGAGUUGACCUUCGAAGGGAUAUUCCGAAAAUUAGUGAAGAAUUCGAACCCCCAACACUAUGAGUAUGGUUUUCAACCAGCGCAUCUGCAGGGAAUAACUCCGCUGAUUGUUGUCUGGAUUAGUGGAGUCUUGAUUGCCUCAUUCAUUUUCAUCUUUGAAAGGACUUCGUAUCUGUCUACGCAGGAAUCACAUAUCAGGAACAGACGAGGAACAAAAAACAAUGCGAAACAUCCCCAUUGAUUGCCUGCAUACAAUUACUGUGUUUUAUCCUUGCUCAGGACUAAAUGAGUCAAGAACGCGGAAUUAGUACAACCCCACCUAGACCUAACGUAAUACAUGAUAAGAUUCCGAGUGAUUAAUAUGCAAUUACCAAAAUCGCGAGUUGAUUUUAAUAAAGGUACAUGUGAUCCCUAUUUCUGCACGAGUGUAUUUUGAACUGUAGUUU